AUGACGCCGCGACCUGUCGCCAUCACUUCUCCCUCCAGCAGGGUCACACCGAAGCAAACGCCACAGAGCAUCAUGAACGCCAGCAGAUCUGAGUUAAUAUCACAAGUGACUGGGAGCAGCGUUUCAAGGUCUGGAGGGCUGGUGGCAUCCAGGGGGACCUCAGUGGCCUCAGGGAGGAGCACACCUCGGGACAUCAUCAUGAAUUCACCUUCUACAGAGUCUGGAGACAGUUUACUGUACAGGUCCUUGGGCAGAACCCCGACCCUGCUCACCCUCUCUCUGAGCGGAGGCCGAGACUCCUCGCAAUCCCAAGGGCUCGGAGAUCUUGGCCUGCUCUCUCAUAGUGCAGUUCAAUCAGCGAUUGGAACCUACACCAACCCACUGCAGCUAGGGGGAACGAGUGGCAGCCACCAAACCACCUCUGUGAGUGGUGAUCCUCGCCAGCAGAUGCAGCUGAACACCACACCGCAGAUGGACAUCUUCCGCCAGCCUUCUGCGCCACCGUCCAGAAGUGCAGCAGUAUGAGAGAUGGGGUGUGGGGAAACCCUGGCCCCCCACAGCCCAGGGAAGUCAAGGAUCACAGCCCAUGUGGACCUGACAGACAGGAAAAAAAAACCUUCAAACCCUUCUCCCAUCUCUGUCUGUGCUCUAGUGGAACUCUAGGCAGGAGGAUGCCCAUUAAAGA